UUCAUUUUCAUGUGUUUCAUCAUACUUUAUUUUAUUCCUCGAUCAAGUGGCUAAAUAUUUUUAUUUUGUGCGAAAAAACGCUGUGUUUUAUAUUGCAAUAUGGUUAUUGUGGAAAAAAGUUUUCCGCGAGGCGGAGUUUUCACAAAGGAAAGUAAAUCAGAGGAGGUGAAAGAAAAUAUAAUAUUUGGAGCCCUACAAAAGAAAAUCAGGAAACCAAAAUCUAAGAAGGUUGAUGGACAGAGUGGCGACGUAGAUACGGAAAUUGAUCAAAUUCAGUCACUGUCUGCCGAACUCUUGAACUAUGAUACUAUUCAAGAUGGUAUGAAUAUUAUGGGUAUAGUAAAGUCUAUAGACCAGCUACAUCUCACCAUAUCACUACCUGGACGAAUGACAGCUCGGGUGUCAGCAUUAGAAAUUUCAGACUCCUAUACAAAAGCUACCCGGGAAUUUCUACAACAAACUAAUUCUGACAACAAUUUCAAGCCACUAACAGAUUUAUAUAACAUAGGACAAAUAGUAUAUGGACGCGUACAGGAAGUGAAACAGAAUGAAUAUGGUCGUAUGCAAAUUUUGUUUUCAUUUCGACCGAGUGAAGUGCACUCGGAAUUGUCGCAUACCAAUAUUAAAAAGGGAUUCAUUUUUAAUGGUGCAAUAGAGGAGAUACAGGAGCAUGGUUAUAUUAUUGAGUCAGGUAUUAAAGGACUACGCACCUUUGUGCCAUUGGAGAAAGCACAGUCUAAUCACGUUGUAGGAGAAUUAAUUUUUCUAAAAGUGGAAAAAAUUACAACAGACAAAAGAGUUAGCACUUGUAUAUGCAAAGAAAUCAACCCGGAUAAUAUGAAAAUUAAGAAUCAAAAUGAGCCGAAUAUUGAUUACAUUUUACCCAGUACAAUUGUAAAAUUUUCUGUAUCGAAGAUACUCAAAGACGGUCUACAAGGUACCAUAAUGAAUGAAGGAUUAACAGCAUAUGUAAACGAACACCAGUUGGCAGAGCCUUUGGCGCUACCAGAAGAUUAUGAGAUAAACUCUACAGUAAAUGCGCGUAUUUUGUACGUAAUGCCACUUACCAAACUUGUUUAUCUAACGUUAAACUUGCGCACAUCGGCCAAUGAGCUAUCUAUUGAGCAACAAUAUAAGAGAGGCGAUAUUAUAGAGGCAGCUAGAGUACACCAUUUGGGAACAGGUGGUGUAAUUUUAGUGCUGGAUAAUAAGUUUAAGGGUGUGCUCUCUUAUCGCACUAUUAAAUCCAACUAUAAGGGCAAUUACGACCAGGACGAAGUAUUGGUCAAGUAUGCAAAGAAAACGAAGCAUAAAGUGCGUGUUCUCAGCUAUGAUCCAAUGGAUUCAUUUUACAUAUGUACGGACGACGCAAAGACCGUUAACGAAAAGGUUUUCGUAUUGGAUGAUGUAAAACCCGGUGAAUUUGUUACAGCAACAGUUAAAGAAUAUGAACCGAAAGUUGGAGGUUAUAGCAUGCAGGUUGGUGGAGUAAAAGGUAUUAUCGAAAAGUUAUAUCUUGCUCCAACACCCAAAACGCUGGAGGCAAAUGCCAAAGUUCGCUGCCGUGUAUUGGCUGUUAGCACAGAUCGUAAAACAGUAUAUCUGACCAAUCGUCCGGAGUACUUGUCCAAACACGGUAAUGUGCUUACCUCGCUUGUAAAUGCGCAUCAAAAUAGUACUUACCUGGGUACAAUAGUCCAGUGCAAUGAGGAAUAUAUAUUGGUAAAGUUCUUCAAUAACCUUAAAGGAAUACUAUAUAGGCAACGUUUGAGUAACUUACUGGGUAGCGAGAUGUAUAAAUUCUAUGAAGGACAAACAAUGGCAUUCCGUGUAUUAACCAAAAAGGGUGAACAAAUUACGCUAACGCUGGCCGAUGAUACAUUCGGUUUGGGUGAAAUAUGCCCAAUUACUGUGUUGCAUACUUUGGAAUCGGGUUUGGAAAUAAACAUUUCUUAUCACCCCGAAGGUGACUACGAAGAAGCAAAUGAGAAAGACCUUGAAGCAAAUGCAAUUGCAGUGAAAGGACUAGUGCCACUGCGUUUGCUCUCCGAUUAUCCUGAUUUAUUGUAUGCCAAAUUGCGUACAUACACGCCUGGUUCACAAACACAGGCCGUUUGCAUUUUAAGGAAUAUAUUCAGUUUACGCGAUGUGCCAUAUUUUCUAACGCAUUUAACGAACAAUUGGCGAAAUAUAAAAAAAGGUGACAUUUUGAAGGCACAUGUGAAGAAUGUACAUGAGGAUGUUGUGGAGUUAUUGGUGCCGAUACGUAACUAUGGCAAAUUGGUGAAAGUGCAUAUAAAGAUGUUGCUGGUAAAUGCAUUUAAUAGUGCUAAUAUUCAACUUACGCCUGAACAAGUGGUCUAUGUGAAAGUACUGAGCAAGGAGCUUGCCACGAAGACAAUCACAGUCACGGCAAAAUUAACAGAUGUGUGGGACGGUGAGCUUAAUAGCACGGCACUGUACAUUGAAGAUUAUCUAAAUGAAGUAUCUGAAAUUAAAAAAGCUCGUAAGAGAUUGGGUCACAGUAUUGGACAUCACAAAGUUGGUGAAAAAGUGGUGGCGCAUUUCCGUGGCAUAAAUAAGGACACGAAUGAUUGGCACUAUGAAAUCGAAAAAACGAAUGUGUUGGCUGUGGUGAAAUCUUCGCUGGUCGGAAAAUCUAAGCCACCCAAAGUGGACGCAAAGCAAGACUGUCUCGUCCUUUGGGUGGACUACUCAACUGAGUUGGUAUAUAUCAGCAACAAGCAAGGCGAUGUUUCACACGUCAAUUCAAAUAUGCAUAUACCUAACAAUUUGGUAGCUAAAACAGGUAUUAAUGCCAAAGUUUUGCUGAUGACGGACCAGCUUUUCAUUUGUUCGCUGAAGAAAGGUCCUAAUCCGUUAAUUUAUUGCCCUCUACGGUUGCAUUUUAACGAUUUUGAGAAUUCAGCUAGCGCCGGUAUAACAGAAGGAGAUUUCUGCAAGUUGGCCUUCAUACACGAAAAGAAGCCAAUUGCAGUGCCGGAGAGCACUUGGAAGCUGUGGCACGAUAUAAAAAAGAAACGCAAAGCCAAAAUGGAGCUUGAAGAUGCACCAAAAAUGAAAAGAGCAAAAAUUGAAAAGGGUGCGAAAGAGUUUAUCGAUGAGCCUAUCAAAGCUGAAAAGCAGCCAAAAAGCUCACAAAAGAUGCCGAAAAAGGAAAGAAAUCACUCAGUUGUAGAAAGCAACUUGCCAGCCGCAAAGAAGAAAAAACGUGAAGUCGAAGCAACUGAUGUGCUAUUCUACGAAGACAAAAUACCCAAUCAGAUCGUUGGCGUUGAUGAAGCUGGCUCUUCAGAUACUGAUGAGAAACCCAAACCGAACCAACUGAAUAAACCUAAACCAAAAUUGUUACCCGGCAUCAGCGGUUUCUGGAACACAGACCUCUCUCAACUGAACGAUAAUAAAGCAGCGGCUUCAAGUGACGAUGAGGAUGAAAAAGAUGACGCAGAACAAGGGGUACAAAAGAAGAAAAAGCUUACUGCUGCAGAAAAAUUCAAAUUGCAACGCGAAGAGGAGGCGCGUCUACGUGGAAUCGAAGCAAAAUAUGCUGAUCCGAAUCAUCUUCCCGAUAGCGUUGAUCAAUUCGAUCGUUUAGUGCUAUCUGAGCCAAAUAACAGCAAACACUGGAUCAAUUAUAUGGUCUACCAUUUGCAGUCGGCGGAGAUCGAUAAAGCGCGUGCUGUAGCUCGUCGGGCCAUUAAAGCCAUAUCCUAUCGUGAUGAUAAUGAACAACUCAACAUUUGGGUGGCAUUAUUGAAUUUGGAGCUGCGCUAUGGCAAUAAAGAAUCGUUCGAUGAAGUAGUAAAGGACGCUGUCACCUUUAAUGAUCCACUCAAGAUUUAUCUGCGUACAGUGGAGUUACUCUGUGAUGCCAAGAAAACACAAGAAGUCAUUCAGAUGAUCAGUUUAAUUACAAAGAAAUUCAAAGCCCAACCGGAGGUGUGGCUAGCGGCAGCUAAUGCCUAUUUUAACAUAGAGAUGCACGAACGCGCGCAGCAACUGUUGCACAAAGCACUCGCGUGCCUGCCCGAAAGAGAACAUGUCAACACCAUUGUUGCUUUCGGUAAUUUAAAUCACAAAUAUGGUUUUAAUGAAAUGGCACAAACCCUACUCGAUCAAGUGGUCACCUCAUAUCCGAAGCGUGUAGAUGUGUGGGCACAAUAUGUAGAUAUGUUAGUGAAGACACAAAUGAUUGAUUCAGCGAGAAGCGUUUUGGAGCGUGCCGUUAUACAGAAGAUACCAAUGAAAAAAAUGCGCACAAUUUUCAAAAAGUAUUUGGAAUUCGAAGAACGUUUUGGUACGGACGCAGAUGCGGCGAAAGUGAAGAAAUUAGCUAAAGAAUAUGUGAAACGAAAUGCUCACCUCUAAACCACUGUUUUUGAAUAUACAUAUGUACAUUACAUUAUUGUACAUUAUUUUUAAGUUUUGAAUAAAAAUAGUAUAAUAUUACAUAA